AUGACUUACAAGCAAUUUGUGCGGCAGGCAUCCUUGCCUUUGCUGCUUGCCAGCUCGGCUGCGGCGAAAAACACCGUUUCUUGCACCACGAUCCCAGGCAAUCUGGUUUCGAACCCUUCUUUUGAAUCAGGCUCGUUGAAUGGAUGGAUCAAUGUCGACUCCACCUUUACUAUGGCUGUAGUCGCUGACUCCGAUGGACCGGACGGUAACUACUAUGCGGAAGUGAGCAACAUCAACAUUAGCCCUGAGGAUAUUCCUGUGGCUUUUGGACUUGAACAGACGGUUUCUGGCCUGACUGCUGGGACCACGUACACAGCUUCAGUCGAAUAUCGGAUGCAGGCCGCGGGUUCUGCAGCCAACUGCGAUUUGGUGUUGUGGAUGGUAGAGAACUCGACAACUUAUAUUGAUGGAAUGGGACCCGUGUAUUCGGCGAACACUUGGGCGACUCUCUCAGGCGAGUUUAUGGCCUCGACUACCAGUGGAUCUCUGCGGCUUGAUAUUAUCUGCCCCGAAAACCCAGAAACAAGUGUUGCCGUGGACAACUUCAAAAUCUCAAACGGAGAGACAACUACUUCCUGCACCACCAUCUCGACCGCCCCAGCUUCCACUCCUCCGGCUUCUUCCACCAGCCUGCCCUCCAGCAUUCCCCUCUCUAGCAGCGCAGUCGCUUCAUCUCAACACGCCUCGUCCUCGCACGUUUCUGCUCACCCAUCCUCGACCCCACUGGACCCCUCCAGCUCUUUCGCUACCACCACUCAUCUAGCUAGCAGCAUCCCACCUGUUUCUUCCAGUCAGGCCGCUUCUUCUGGCCAGAGCUCCCAGUCCAGCAUUACCGCACCCUCGUCAUCCCUCAUUCACGUAACCUGGACCUCGCACUCGCAUCCCUCGUCGCGCCCUACACUCCGCCCCGUCGAAUCGAGCUCUGUUCCCAUCGCCUCCCCUUCGGCUUCCAUCUCUGCCACCCAAACUCCCUCUGGUGAUGUGACAUCUCCCUCUCAAACCGGCGGACAAUUCCCUCUCCCUAGCGAUGGAGCUGGCGGAUCUUCUAAUGGCAGCACUCCUGGCUCUAAUGGAUCUGGAAACGGGUCCGGCAGUGGAAGCGGCUCUCCUGGCAGCGGCUCUACAGGCAAUGGAAGUAAUGGCAACAAUUCUUCUGGAGGUGGCUCUUCUGACAACGGAGCUGGUGGCAACGACUCUUCGGGCGGUGGCUCUUCGGGCAACGAGGGUACUGGCAACGGUUCUUCUGGGGAUAGCUCUUCUGGCAACGGUUCUACUGGCAACAACACUCCGGGAAGCGGCUCGUCUGGCAACGGAUCUUCGGAAAACGGAUCUUCGGGUAACAGACCUUCGGGCAAUGGCUCUUCUGGGAAUGGUGCUUCAGGUAAUGGCUCUUCUGGUAACGGCUCUUCAGGUUCUGGACCUUCUGGGAACGGUUCUUCUGGCAACAGCUCUUCAGGCAGUAGCUCGUCUGGCAACGGAUCUUCUGGAAAUGGUUCUCCAGGCACUGGAAGCUCCGGGAACGGUUCUUCCUCGUCGGAUGUUCCUCUCACCACCUCCACCGUUUUAACGACUCGCACCUCGACCAUUACCGCGUGCGCAAAGACUGUGACCAACUGCCCUGCCCGCAGCACAUACGUGACUACCGAAACCAUUCUCGUCUCGACUACUGUCUGCCCUGUUGAAGCUACCACUACCACUGCUCCCGGUGGCGCUGUCAUCACCGAAUACCCUGUUUCUCCUUUACCCAGUAAUGCUGGUGGUCCUCACUACACCACUGAGACAAUCUUGUCAACUCGCACCGUUACUGUGACUGCCUGCCCCUCAACUGUGACCGACUGCCCUUCUCGCGAGAAGACUACCUCUGUUACAACUGAGACUCUCGUUGCUCGAACUACUGUGUACGAAGUGACUCCCACCGCUGCUGCUCCCAUUGUUCCCAUCCAGACUACAAGCGCCAGCGCCAGUGCCGGUACAGGUGCGGGUGCGGGUGCUGUUGAGACUCCUUCUCCCGUCGAGCAUGUCGGCGGCAAUGUUUCUGCCUCUGCACCCCAGGUGACCGAUAUUGCGACUGUGAAUCCUGAGCACCCCCCAGUGCACAUUGUUCAUUCCACCCUUACCAAGGUCGUGACUGUGCUGGCAUGUCCUGCCAAGCCGGAGACUCUCGCUUUUUAA